ACGUAUUGGUGCCCAUAAGUCCUGAAGGCCUUAUAAAAGCAGAAGUUUUGUCUCAAGCUGUCUUUGUAACUUCACUCGACCACAACAUGAAGAGAGCUGCUUCAUUCCUGCUGCUGACGAGUCUCUUGGUCAACGGACAAGAAUUACGCUGGGAGAACACUUUCGAUGAGCCUCUAGAUUUUAAGUGCCCUUCGGGACAGUCAAUAUCCUCCAUAAAGAGCCAACAUCACAAUCAUCACGAGGACCGAAUGUGGGAGUUCGGCUGUAAAGACACCUUUGAUUCCGCUUCAGACUGUUUCUUGUCACCUAACGUCAAUGAUUUUGACCAAAAAUUCACCUUUGAGUGUCCACCACACCACAUCAUGACCGGAAUGAGCAGCUACCACAAUAACAAGCACGAAGACAGACGGUGGCAGUUCUUCUGCUGUAGAAGUACUGACCUCUGUACCGCUGACUGUGAGUGGACUACUUAUGUGAACAACUUUGAUGAGUAUUUCCACUGGACUGUACCAAACCAUAACUACCUGGUGGGUGCUGAAAGCUACCACGACAAUAAACAUGAAGACCGGCGCUGGAAGUACAAGUAUUGUGCCAAAGUGCAAUGCUGAGACUCACAAAUUCCCUCAAGUGCAAAUACACUCAAAUUCAAAUCUGAAAUGAAGAAGACAGGAUGGAAACAUAAUCAUAACUUCAGAAGAAAAAUGCUGAUAGGUAUAAGACUGUAUAUGAGAGUGUCUUGAAGUACUGUCAAAUCAGCCGAUAUGAAAUAAAAUUGAUAUAAAUCUGAAUAAAUCAUAAUUAUUUCUAAUUUAUAAAAUAAUUAGUGUUUGAACAAGCAUAUGAAUACCUUUUUUCAGGAAGAGAUACAAAAACUCUAACAACACUUUUUAAUUUAUGUAUUUUAUCAGCAUAAUAAUAGGAGUGGAAAUUUGAAUAGAAAAAUUUACAUGAAUUUCAGAAUGUCUUCAGCAUGACUUGAGAAGUUUAAUAGAAGAAGAACAUCUGAGUUCGCAUGGUCAGUGUCACAAUGUUUACAGUCGUCUUCUAUUUAUGACUGACAAUAUUAGAUGAGUAAAUGGAUAAAUACAUCACUUAAAAACAUAUAUUUGCUCUGUAAACCCUUAUCUUUGGAGUCAACAUGAUUCUGUAGAACAAUAUUUCCCAACCCUGUUCCUGGAGGAAAUACAAUAGUACAUAUUUACUGUAUUUUCCUGAUUCAACUCACGAGCUUGCAAUGAAGAAACAAACCUUGGGAUCAGUUGCUGAAUUCAAUUACAAUUAAAUUAGCUGUAUAUAUAAGCCAUUUCAACUUAAAUUAUAAUAAACUUGUUUAAAAAAAAAUAAUAAUAGUUGAAGCUUGUGCAACUGAUAAAAAGGUUGAAACUGCUUAACUUGUUUUGAUGCAUGUUUCAAUGUAAUAUAUUUUAGAAUAACAUGUAAAUGAAAAGUACAGGCUUUUAUAGGCUAUAAUGUGAACUCAACAUUCAGCCUCAAAAGGUUACUAAUUUUGUGAUAAUGACAUGCCCCAUUAUUUUGAGCUGCUUUGACCAGAAGUACGUUUUAAAGUUAGAUCAGUUUUUAAAAAGCAUUGGCAUUUGUUUUUUAGCAAUACAAUCAGAGGUGCUUUUAAUUUUUAUACGUAACAAACUAAAUGGAAAAUAACAAACUAAAGAUAUUAUUGGGCUUUGCAAUGCCACUGAAAACAAAAAUAACAUUUCAGAGAAAAUGAUGCUGUAUAUAUUUGAUUGAACUGUGUAUUUGAAGCGUAUUCUUUCACAGUUAAUUCAUACUGAUUUGUAAUUGUCUCACCUUCAAAGAUUGCAUCUCUUGUGUGUUGACGUUAUUUGAUGCAUUAUGUGGUGGUGUUACCUUAUGAACUGUGAUUACAUUAUAAAUUGCUGCAGUGUGUUUAUAAUAUUACAUUUACAUAAUACAUAACACAAUAAUACAUAAUACAUUUCUCAUAUACUACCCCAUUAUAUUAUGUGAAAAGUCAUGUUGAAAAUUGUUAUUACACUAUGAGCUUACAUAAUAUCAUAUUUGUUCUACAUUUUUAGAAAAAUAUUAUAUUAUGUAAGGAGGAUUAGGACUGGCAAGCUAAUCAACAUCAUAUAAAUAAAUAAAUAAAUAAAUUAAUUAAUUAAUUAAUUAAUUAAUUAAUUAACAGUGCCAAAUCUAUUAAAAUUCAUUCCACAAUGUCCAGCACAAUUGGGGUAAAAAAGGUGCAUAAGAUUUUUGUGGGUCUACCAAUAACGCAAAAAAUACUAUAGUACCAUGGAAAUUGGGCAUGAAACUU